GCAGACAGGAAGACAUGAGCAGAUCGAUGAGACCGAGGUAAAGAUCCACCAUCGAACUUUACGGCAGCGAGGUUUGUUUAGUUGGGAUUUUUCAAUCUUCUCCUCGUAUUUAAACGUCAUUACGCACAGUGAUCCUCCUACUCUCCAACCUAAAAAGAUGCCCAAAUCCCCACCGUGCGCGUUCCCCUGGUCCUCCAUGUGGCUGGCAUCUUUGGCUACUUUGAUGGUGCAGUCGGUGCUCUCUUCCUCCUACUCUUCUUCUUCAUCCUCCUCCUCCUCCUCCACGUAUCAGAGAUCUGCAGCCGGCGGGAAGCGGCCGGGCUUCAUGGAGAGGACGCUGAUUCUCCUGGAUGUCAACACCCGCAGUCCGCUCCGAGUCCUCAACGAGAACUUCCUCUCUCUGCAGCUGGACCCCUCGAUCAUCAAGGACGGCUGGCUGGACUUCCUGAGCUCCAAGCGGCUGGUGACCCUGGCGCGCGGCCUGUCUCCAGCCUUCCUGCGCUUUGGAGGAAAACGCACCGACUUCCUGCAGUUUAACAACCAGAAGAACCUCGCUAAGUUCAGAGGGCCGGGACCGGACUAUUACCUGAAGAACUACGAGGACGAUAUAGUGCGCAGUGACAUUGCACUGGACAACCAGAAGGGCUGCAAACUGGCCAGUCAUCCCGACAUCAUGCUGGAGCUGCAGAGGGAGAAGGCCGCCACCACACAGCUCGUCCUGCUGAAAGAGCAACUGUCCAACAUCUACAGCAACAUCACAAUAACAGCCAGGUCUUUAGACAAACUGUACAACUUUGCCGACUGUGCUGGACUGCACCUGAUCCUGGGGCUGAACGCGCUGCACAGGAACCCAGACAACUCCUGGAACACCUCGUCUACACUGAGCCUCCUCAAGUACGGCGCUGGAAAGAAAUACAAUAUCUCCUGGGAGCUGGGAAACGAGCCUAAUGCGUACCGCAGCAUGGUGGGCCGUGCAGUCAACAGCACCCAGCUGGCUCAGGACUACACCAAGCUGCGAACCCUGCUGCAGUCGGUACGCUACUACCACCGCGCUCACCUCUACGGCCCCAACGCGGGACGACCCCGGAAGAACGCCAUCGCGCUGCUGGACGGGUUCAUGAAGAACGCUGGCUCGGUCGUAGAUGCAGUUACGUGGCAACAUUAUUACAUGGACGGCAGAGUGAGCAAAGCGGAGGACUUUCUAAAGACUCGUCUGUUGGACACUCUGACGGAGCAGAUAACUAAAGUGACCAAGGUUGUGAACGCACACACUCCCGGUAAGAAGGUGUGGCUGGGUGGACUGGGGCCGGCGUGGACCGGAGGCAUCAGUAAUCUCUCUGACACAUACGCUGCUGGCUUUCUGUGGGUGAACACGUUGGGUAUGGCCUCCGUGCAGGGGAUCGAUGUUGUGCUGCGUCACUCGUUCUUUGACUACGGAUACACACACCUUGUGGAUCAGCACUUUAACCCUUUACCUGAUUACUGGUUUUCUCUGGUCUUCAAGCGUCUGGUAGGACCGAGGGUUUUGGCGGUGCGGGUGGCUGGACUGCAGAGGAAGCCGCAACCGGGACGAGUCAUAAGAGACAAGCUACGCAUCUACGCCCACUGCACCAGCUACUACAACCAUAACUAUGUAAGAGGCUCCAUAACCAUCUACAUCAUCAACCUGCAUCGGUCGCGGAAGAAAAUCAAGUUAGCGGGAACGUUACGGAACAAGACGGUCCAUCAGUACCUGCUGCAACCCUAUGGCGCUGACGGACUCGGAGCCAAAGACGUCCAGCUGAACGGGGAGAAGCUGCUCAUGUUGGACAACGAGACGUUCCCGGAGCUCAAGCCCAAGACGCUGAGGGCUGGACGGACCAUCGCCAUGCCCCCCAUGACCAUAGGCUUUUACGUAAUCAAAAAUAUUAACGCGUACGCCUGUCGAAGAUAACACAGACCCCCUUCGCUGCUGAGAUACGGGGGUGAUGCUCAGAACUCAAACCACCAACCCUCUGUCAGCUUGACUAACAGCUUCAAAAACAGUGUGGCUCUUCAUUUUUGAUCUGCAUUGUCCAGGAAAACAGAAUUAGGACUCAGGACUUUAGGACUCUUCAGUAGAGUGGACACAUGGCUUGAGUACAGCUGAGUCUUCAGCUUUAACAACAGCCUCUUCAAACAUUUAUUUCAACGGUAAUAUUUUUACCAUCCAAAUUAAAAUAAACUCAGCCCUUCCCUCCUCCAGCAAAGACAGAUUUGCCCACGACACACACACUCUGGGCUGCACUGAACACUUUUCAGUUCUUUUCACAGGCAGUUCCUCAUAUGCUAUAAGGUUUAUAUAUGUAUAGACAAUGGUUGUUCUAUGUCUGUGUAUGAAGUUUAUGUUUUGAAGUUAAAGAAAAGGUCCAAAUUCUUGGACUUGUUUAAGCAAUGUUUUUUUGUUGCCUCCGCCACAGAGGUUAUGUUUGUUAACCCUUGUCCAUUUGUUGGUUGGUUGGUUUGUAUGUUUGUUUUUUG